UAUUAUAAAUAUUAGGCUUCACUUCAACUUUUCAUAUUUCAACAUUGGGACUCGCGUUUAAUUUCAAAAGAUUAAUUAGAAGUGUACAAAAGUACUUUUAUUUGUGCCGAAUAAUUUGUUUUUCCGAAAUUCGAAAUGUGCUCCAGGCUUUUAGUCUAUUUUUUUUUCUUUGCUCUGGAAUGCUGGCUAGUAACUUCAUUUCAAGUUGACGAAAAAGAUCCUGAAGUUGUUUAUAUGGAAAGCGAAGGUUCUCAAUUGAACAAGCAGAUGCUAACUGAUGAACAUAGAGACACAAGAGCAGCAACGGUGUACAGAUCGAACAUGCCAACUGCCAUGCAAACCAGGGUCCUAUCAUACGUGAACGAAGCAUAUUCAUCGUCGUCUGGCAAACUAGGCACAUGCCAAACCAUCCAAAGGAACAUGCAAAGCUACCAGCCUAGAUAUCGUUGGAACGUGGUGAUUAACUAUGAUGUAAUUUCAUACUACUCCAACUAUUACGCUAUUGUCUGGCGAAAUACAGAUGAAGUGCUUAUUUAUGGAGUUUCAAGUUCAAAUUCUGUUUCACAAUGUACCAUAGUAUUACUUUUAAUUAGUUUCUUGGCAUAUGUCAUUAAUUGAGGCUAUUUACUUCUUAAAAAUAUAAAUAGAUGCUCUUUUCCUGUUUAAA